AUGGCCGUCAAAUACCUUCCCUCCCAGUCCAAAACGAAACAAGAUGUACCCUUGCCGUAUACAGCAUCGCCCCUGCGGUUACUCUGGGCCGACAUCCGUCUGUUCUUCAAAAGUCUCUGGUGUUUGCCGGGCGUGAUACUACCACUGAAGCCUGGUUGCUCUGGAGCACUAGACGAGUUCUAUCCGUCUUGGACCAACAUAUGCAAUAUUGCCAUUCAUUUGUUUCUGUUUGUAUACCAGAUUGUCUUUCUUGUGUCGCUGCCUGUCAUAUUUGUUUUCGCGUUUCCGGCGUUAUGGAUUGGUAUAUAUGUCGCACUCACGUUAGGUGUGAGUUGGGUGGUUUGCAGGAUCUGCCUGAACGGGAACAUCAUGACCCUGGAAUCGCAAGUACCCGUCGACUGGCGUCCAGAACAUGAUCGCGAGCAUUGGAUCUUUGUUAAUGGUAUUAUGGUCGGGCAGCAUUGGCUGCAGAAUAGCAUCGACCGGCUGGCAUAUACAUUUGGUAGAAGGGUCACAGGUGUUCAUAAUCCCACAUUCGGCAUAGUUUUUGAUAUAAUCGAAUGUCUGAUCCAAAGAAACUUCUCUUAUGCCACCCGGGACGUGAGGAAUGCAUAUGCAGUCAUCAAGGAGGCUCUAUUGAAUCCACAAUAUAAGAAGGUGAUUCUUAUCCUUCACAGCCAGGGUGGUAUUGAGGGUGGACUCGUGGUUGACUGGUUGCUGGACGAAUUACCACGAGAGCUAUUGCAGGACCUCGAGGUCUAUACUUUUGGCAACGCUGCGAAUCACUUUAACAAUCCGCAUCGAACAUUAUCAGAUGCUCGUCAGAAUGCAUGUGAGGGUGAGGAGCUACCGGGUCAUUCUGCCUCCAAAUCGGCAAAAACGAUUCGCCGUAUCGAGCACUAUGUUAAUUCCGUGGACUUUGUGGGUGUUUGGGGAGUCUUGAAUUUCGCCAACAUCCCCAAUCGAUAUAUGGGACGUGUCUUCACGCGGCAUGGAUCCGGCCAUCAGUUCAUACAGCACUAUCUGGAUAGUAUGUUCGUUUUGGGGAAAGACCUGAAGACUCUGGAUACCAACGAUUUCAUGGAGACAGAGAUUGAGGUUGAAGUGCCAGUGGCAGAACGACAUAUAGAGGACGCGGCAGCUCCUGAGAGCCCUCUCGACCAUGACGACACUCACGUUCUUUAUGACGAGAUGAAAUCAAAUGUGUCAUCAUUGGCCAACAGCUUCCUAAGCAGAAAAACAAAGGUAAAGGACCUGAGUCGGCUGUGGCUUUAUCGGAAUGGUGCCUCUCCAACGGACUGA